AAUUCAUGAUAAUUUCCAUCACAAACGUAGCUGCCUUCUAAAGUAUUAGAUCUCCUAUCAAUCUUCAUAGCUUGCAUUUGCCAUAUUUUCCAUCACAACCCACGAUCGCUAAUUACCUCUAGCUAUUUUAAAGUUUAUUCGUCUUCGGAAAGUACUACAAGCUGCUAGCUCAUACGUACAUUUAUACUUCUCUUUAGCACAGCUAGAGAGAGAGAGAGAGAAAAGCUUCUUCAAUUGUGAGUUAGCAGGACCAUCAAUAAUAUCAAUGGAUUGCAUUGUUAAAAUUGCAUCGCAAAAAGCAGUGGUGAUCUUCAGCAAGAGCUCGUGCUGCAUGUGCCAUGCAAUUAAAAGGCUGUUUUACGAGCAAGGAGUGAGCCCGGCAAUUUUCGAACUUGAUGAGGACUCGAGAGGGAAGGAAAUGGAGUGGGCACUCACGCGGCUAGGAUGCAACCCCUCAGUUCCGGCAGUGUUCAUUGGGGGUAAAUUCGUGGGCUCUGCUAACACUGUCAUGACACUUCAUCUCAAUGGCAAUCUAAAGAAAAUGCUCAAAGAAGCCGGAGCUAUUUGGCUCUGAUUAACAUGAAUAUUACAGAUCAUUUGCCUAGCUCGAUCUAUCUAGCUAGCUAACCCUCGGCCCUAGACGUUCUAUGUUUUUGAAUAAGGUUAACUCAGCUCUCUUUUUUUUCCCUCUUAAUUGAGCCUUUCCACCACUUUUUGUGUAACUUUUUUGUUUCUACCUAUAACUAAUAAUAUCUGGCGGCUCCAGUAGGAACAAUUAAUGUCAUGCAGAUUAUGUGGCAAAUAAUUAUAUAUAUAGAGUACUCUCAUGUGUACGUACGUAGUUCCUUA